CUUUAUCUUCAUAGUCCAUUUUUGUAUUAAGGUAGUGUCAGCCCAGCAAAAAGGCCGUAGUUUUCCUGUAAUAUUGAUAGUAUCCACAAGCAAUGCUAUUGUCGCUAUUUCUGGCGGUGCUUGGGCUAGCAGUGUCAUCUGCGCAGCAGCUUCCACACGACAUUCACAAGGGGCGGGUAAUCGGGGGCACAAGCGCGGGCACCGGGGUCUACCCGUUCGCAGCCUUCUUAAUUGUUAACGAGGGCGGCGGAACCUCGGCCUUCUGUGGCGGGACCAUCAUUGACCACCAGUGGAUUCUGACCGCCGGGCACUGUGUGGUGGCCGAGGACGGCGGCAACAAGCUCACCAACAGCUCCCUGCCGCUGUGGGCGCACCGGCGCUCAGGCCACCGGUGGCCGAAGAAGACCAAAUCGGGCGGCUACCCGGUCAUAAGCAACAAGAAUAUUGUGUGCAUGUGCAUCCCGGACCUGAACCUGGACUACUUUGACAACGACAUUGCGGUGCUGAAACUGCACAGUAAGCUCAAUUUCGAUGAGUUUGUGCAGCCCAUUCGCAUUGACACCAACUCGGUGCAGGACGGAAUGACUGUGACCGGCAUCGGCUGGGGGAAAACCAGGCUCGACCAGACCGUCACCUCGGAUGUGCUGCAGCAGGUCGACCUGACCAUCGGCAAUGAACCCAUAUGCUCUGCCAUCAGACCACGGUUUGACUCCAAUAACGGCAAUUACAUUUGCGUGUCGACGCCCGAUGGCAGAGAUACGUGCUCAGGCGAUUCGGGCGGGCCGUUGUUGCGUCGGUGCAACGAUGAUUUGUCUAGCACCGGCAUUCAGGGCACCGGGCCCUGGGUGCAGCUGGGGAUUACCAGCUAUGGCGAUAACGUGGGGCACUCGGACGAGGCCCAAGACGGGGAUCUCCAGGCCCAAUCUGGUCGGUGA